UGAUAGUUGUUUUCGCAUUCGCAAAUUUUCGCUUUCCGCCAUACGACGUUAUUGUAAUUGCAUUUGCAAUCAAUUGCAUUGUUAAAAAUUGUACAAAAAGUGUUUGCGUAACUGAUGUAGGGAAAUUUAAACAUGGGCAUUAGCUACUUCGAGAAUGUUGGAUAUUUCUUAAGAAAUUGCAAUGGCAAAACUUUGCGUUACGACCAAGCAUGCCUGCAAAUUGUAACAAAUGAACAAAUAUCCUUCUGGAGCCAAUAUGAGGAAUGCGAGGAUUGUAUCCUGCUGAAGACAGCGGAUUUUAAUCAAACUGGAGAUGUCGUGAUAGAAACUUUUAGUCCUCUGCGUUAUUUAGUCCAAAAUGAACAAGGUCGCAGUUGCAAUGGAACAUAUGCGUUUGGUGAGUUUGGGCAGUACUCGCUGAACUUAACAAAUGGCUGGCCGGAGGAGUGCCAGCCACGUAUGACAGCGGAGCCCGACGCCGCCUUCCUUCCGAUACUCACAGCAAUAGUGGUGCUACUGUCUAUGGCCACACUAUGGUAUAUUGUCAAAGGAAUUGGAAAGAGGGUGGUCGCUGGAAGGUUUUAUGCAAGAUAUUUUGCAAGAGAGGAUAAUGAGCUUGGAUCGGAAACACGUGUUUUAACAACAGAGGCCAGCGUCCCUCGAUCUCCUACACGUUCUCGGCUGCGCUCUCUUGAUAUCUUCAGAGGGUUCUCCAUUGCUCUUAUGAUUUUCGUGAACGCUGGUGGCGGUGGUUACGGCAUCUUCAAGCAUUCUGUAUGGAAUGGUCUUACAGUUGCCGAUGUAGUAUUCCCAUGGUUUGCGUUUGCGAUGGGCGAAGCCCUAGUGCUGUCGCUGCAUGCCAGACUUAGGACUUUGUUACCGAGAUUGUCGGCAUUUGGUCAGGUGGCGCGUCGCUCGUUAUUCCUGUCAUUGAUUGGCAUCUGCCUGAGCUCGGUGGACGUGUCUUGGAGUGAUGUGAGACUGCCCGGAGUACUGCAGCGUCUCGCAGCAAUGUAUCUGAUAGUGGGAGCUCUGGAGUGCGCUUUUAUGAGGACAAGUCAGGAUAUGACACCAGGUCGUUCCCUCUUCAGGGAUAUCACAGCUGGAUGGCAACAAUGGCUGGCAACACUACUUCUAGUUGCUAUACAAAUAUGUAUAACUCUAACCGUGGCUGCACCGGGUUGUCCCCGCGGUUACACCGGUCCGGGAGGACUGCACCGUACUGCAUCUGGAGAUUUUACUUUACAAAACUGUACUGGAGGCAUCGCUGGAUAUAUUGACAGGUUGAUCCUUGGCUCAUCACAUCUGUACAAGGGUGGUAGAUACCGCGACGUGUACCAUACAAAGUUGCCCUACGACCCGGAGGGCGUGCUGGGCGUGCUGUCCGGCGUGCUGGUCGUGCAGGCGGGCGCGCACGCCACGCGCAUCAUGCUGGCUUACAACCAUGCCAGAGCUCGUAUAAUGCGCUGGGUGUUCUGGUCGAUUGUCUUCGGAGUGUCAGGUGGGGCAUUGUGCAUGUUCACAAAGGACGGGGGACCCAUACCAGUCAACAAGCCGCUGUGGUCGGUGUCAUAUUGUUUGGUGACAUCAUCUAUGGCAUACUUCAUACAAGCAGCGCUAUACUUCCUCGUGGAUUUGAAGAAUAAAUGGGGAGGAAGACCGUUGUAUUAUGCUGGUCAAAACGCAUUAUUCCUUUACAUCGGUAGUGAGUUACUAAAACGUAAUUUCCCUCUGCAUUGGCACAUUGCUGCGCCCACACAUUCACAAUUGCUAGCAACGCACGCCGCCGCCAUGUUGAUGUGGCUGGCGGUCGGAGUCGCAUUGUAUAAGAAACGCAUCUUUAUCACAUUGUAAUAAGGUUGAAAUUACAAUAUCUUCUAUAUUUUCAUACUUAUAUGAGAAUAUGAACCUUAAUACGUUGUCUUAGUUGUUUUUGCUCUGUAUUUACCGUAAGAAAGUGAGUUAUUUAGCCUUUUAUAACAGUAGUAUGGGAAUAUAAAUCUUAAUGUAAAGUGAUAAAGACGUUAUUGGUGUAACACGUUUUCGAUCUUUUAUUGUGGUAACAAAGGAAUAUGUACUUUAAAGCAUUGUAUUAUAGUUGUUAUUUGUCUUUUAACUGA